CAGAUAUUUCCGUUCUACACAAAACAUCCUGGAAGUGCCCCAACGAUAAACAGUUCACAGAAUAUUGGAAUUUUCAAAAUGUCGGCCAUUAGAAUGAAUGAGACAAAUACAAUUGUCGAUCGGAUGGUUAACUUUCUGGUGGAGCAUGAGGAUAUGCGCACAAAGAGUUGGUUCCUCUCGAACGCACCCGGGCCACUAGUUAUGAUAUUGGCUGGCUAUUUAUACUUUUGCUUGUAUGCGGGUCCGCGUUACAUGCGCGAUCGUAAACCAUUCGAGCUGAAGAAUACGCUGUUGGUGUACAAUGCGGUGCAGGUGAUAUUCAGUUGGGUGCUCUUCUAUGAGGGUUACAAGGGUGGCUGGGGUGGCCACUACAAUUUCCGUUGCCAACCUGUGAACUACGCGACAGAUCCCAUUUCUAUGCGGAUGGCGCGGGCAGUAUGGCUAUAUUACAUUGCCAAGCUCACUGAGCUGCUGGACACAGUGUUCUUUGUCUUGCGGAAAAAGCAGCGUCAAAUCUCUUUCCUGCAUUUAUACCACCACACCCUGAUGCCUGUUUGCGCCUUCAUCGGAGUUAAAUAUUUCGCCGGUGGUCACGGCACGCUGCUCGGCUUCAUUAACUCCUUCAUUCACAUCAUCAUGUACGCCUAUUACCUGCUCUCUGCCAUGGGCCCCAAAGUACAAAAGUAUUUGUGGUGGAAGAAGUACAUUACCAUUCUGCAAAUUAUCCAAUUCCUCAUCAUUUUCGUGCACACUCUCCAAAUUCAAUUCCAGCCAAAUUGUAAUUUCCCAAAACCGAUUGCUGCCCUGCUCACCUUCAAUGCCGGCCUAUUCACCUACAUGUUUAGCUCCUUCUACAUUAAGAAUUACAAUAAGGAGGCUGCUGCGGUGAAGGCCAAGACUGAAGCGGCUGUUAAACAGGAUUGAGGUGCUGCUACUCUCGACCUCUUUUUGCCAUUCUACAUUCAACUCUUUACUGCUUAGCACCUUUCUGUGCGCUGUUAAUUUAAAUAUGAGUGCAAUUAAAUGCUCAUAAAAUUGCGAACAAACGAAGCCACCACUCCUUAGAGAAGUCCUUUGAUAUCUAUUAUUAUUGGGCGCACCUCAAUCACUGGUAAAUAUGUAUGUAAAUGUUUUGCUACUUGGCGAGCUGGCGGCAUUUGAGGAACAGAUGCAAUAUAAUUUAGCUAUAAAAUUCUUGUGAAAAUUAAUUUAAAGGAAAUAUUGGGGGGUAGUUAGUGGGGAUAAUAGCCAGUGGGUUGGAAGAUUCAUACUUGUACGCUUGUACAUAAGUACAUAAUUUAGUUAAUAGUAAACUAAUUUUAAUUUUAAUUAUAAGUAUGAAAUCUAAUUUCAAUUGUGUCUCAAAAAACAAUGUAGGCAAUUAGUAAAACAUAUACAAGUUAUAUUGUACAUACAAGAAAAUUAUAAAACGAUCAUUGCGCUUUUUUUUUGCCCAUAAGCCAAUUUUCUCUUUCUAGUUCGAAACCAAGUGCCGAUCGAAUCGAAUAAUUUGAAAAGUGCAAUUGUACCAAAUAUUAUGUUUUAGUUUAACUAUUAUUUAAUAUUUAAUGAUUAUCGCUUGCUUUCUAUUUCUUCCUAAUAAUACACACGCAACACAUAAAAUAAAAUUAUUUUUGGAUUAUUCUAAAAAAUUAGUGUAUGUAUGUAUGUGUGAAGAGUAAAAAAAUAUAUAUAAUAUAAGUCCAUGCAUACUUAGCUAAAGCGUUUUUAGUAGACUAUGUAGAUGUUUAUAACAAAACUUAAUUUUUUUACCAUGCUUGUAUAUACGAAGGUACAUUUUUAUUAAAAUCGAAUAAAUGU